AGUGCUCUCAGGUAUACACGCAUCUCGUAUAUACGCUCUCAGGUAUAUACGCAUCGUGGUAAAUUAACCAAACUAACCAAAAGUCGAUAUCCGCGUGGAUGCAGUUGGAUAGCUGAGAGAGAAGCAAAGGACAAAUUUGAUUUUCGUAUCGAGCCACGUGGAAGAUAUUCACUUCGCAAAAUGAAACGAUUUGCGCACUAUUAUGUAUGUCUGGCUGUAUUAACAGCGGUCUCUGCGAGAUCAGCUGAAACUAAUCCCAUAUCUAAUUCCAUCAACGAGCAACAAACCGCAAGAUCGAAUAGUAAUGGCCUAUUUAGCGACUUACGCUCUGUCUAUCAAGUAUACAAGGAAUGUUCCGGCGCGGAACUAAGUCCUUGUCUAAAGCUGAAACUCUUGUCGGCUAUAGAUAGGGUCUCUCGAACUGCACAAUUGAAUGUAGCUGAUGGCGUCACGCUAGUUCAAGAUGAAUCAACUACUAACGAAUCUGAACCAGAAAAAUCUAUGCAGGAAAUUGAAGCUAGUUUACCCCGAGCGUUGGAAGACAAAGAGGACGCUCUUAAUAGCAUGAUUUUUGACAAAAUCGCUAAAUUCUUUCAAAGUCACACUCUAAAGCUAAAGUUACCAAAUGUAGAAGAAUUUCAACGUAGUCUCACGGAAGAAGGUCGUAAGAAGAAAGGUAAAAUGGGUGGUCUUCUUGCUAUUCCUCUGUUAAUUGGUGGUACAUUAGUACCCCUGGCGCUCGGCGCUCUCGCGCUGUUAGCUGGUAAAGCAUUGAUAGUGAGCAAACUUGCUCUCGUACUCGCUUCUAUCAUCGGAUUGAAGAAACUCGUAUCUGGCAGCCACGAGCACGGACAUGAAGUUGUUCAAGUUGGGGGAGGAGGACAUGGAUCGGGCGGAUGGGCGAGAUCGGGACAUGAUAUUGCCUAUUCCGCAUACAAACCAUCGUCAAUCUCUUCGCUGUUUGGAAGAUUCAUCAAGAUGUUCAAAUUCGCGGUAGUCGGCGCACUCUUCGUGGUAUCCGCUCUCGCUGCACCGGCCUCACAGGAUGCGGGGGUGGCACCGCCAUCCUCGAUCCUCGAGGAAGCUCUCGACGUGUACGCUUCCUGUUCCGGGGAAUCGAGUAUUGCGGUGUGUCUCAAGAUGAAGGCCCUGCGCUACGUCGACCGUGCCGCUCGUUCGGCCGACAUCGAGAUCAUUGACGGAUUCAAGAUCGUACAGACUGAAGAUGCCAAAAUUAGUCGAGCUGACAACGCAAGGUCUCUUAAUGACAUUGAAAGUACUUUACCUGUUGAGACCGAAGCCAAGGAAGCUGUAAUUGAUCAGGCCAUUGUCGACAGAGCCGCCAAAUUCUUAUCCACGCAUACUGUUGAGUUGAGUCUUCCCGAAGACGUUUCCCGCUCUUUUGAUGAAGCUCGUGGCAAGAAGAAGAAAAUCGUUAAAUCUCUGUUACCCAUCCUUCUCCUUCUUAAACUGAAAGCUGCUGCUCUUAUCCCUAUUGCCCUUGGUGCUUUGGCUUUGAUAGCUUUCAAAGCCCUUAUCAUCGGUAAGAUCGCUCUCAUCAUUAGCUUGAUCAUUGGUCUGCAAAAACUCCUUGCCUACAAGAGCCAGAGCUACGAGGUCGUCGCUCACCCCGUUCAUGAUUAUGGACACGAAGCGCACCACGACCAUGGUCACGGUUGGGCGAGAUCAUCGGUGGCUGGUUCUGAUCUCGCAUACAAGGCGUACAAACCUUCCGAAUAG